AUGGCGUCUGGACAAGGUAGAUAUGGAUCUAAUAAUUAUUUUGAUGAUCCUGGCUACAGGGAAUAUGGCGGAGGAUUUUCUGGUGGCUCAGCCAGUGUUUCCGGUACUAUUGAACAAAUAAAAUCCAACAUCUUCAAAAUCAAUAGUGGGGCUAACAGUAUAGAUAAAGCUAUGAAAAGUAUUGGUACAGACAGGGACAGUGUACAACUCAGAGAUAAAAUCCAUGAAACCUCCCAGAAUAUCAGUAAAUUAGUGCAGGAUUCUAUGAGACAGUUAAAAGUUGUAGGAAACAAACCAGCAGAUAAGCAACAAAAAAUACAGUUAAGUAAGCUUCGAAAUGAUUUCCAAGAGUCUGUGGAACGAUUCCAGGGGUUGCAAAAGAUGGCUACAGAAAAGGUGAAAUCAUCUGUGAAAUUAGGGUCAAGAAAGGCAACUCCCCAAGUAGACUCUGGAAUGACAGGAUGGAAUGAUCCUGAUGAUUUCUCUGAUAAAACUCAGUUCUACCAUCAAGAAGAGAGAAGAGCUGAAUUACAGGAACAACAACAAGUAGUAGAGGAUGAUUUAGCUUUAAUACGAGAACGUGAAGAACGCAUCAGACAACUAGAGUCUGAUAUUUUAGAUGUGAAUGAAAUUUUCAGAGAUCUUGGAGCUCUAGUGAGUGAACAGGGUGAAACAUUAGAUACUAUAGAAGCUAAUGUAGAAAGAACUUAUGGUAAUGUAGAACAAGCUAAUAGCCAACUAUCCCAGGCUGCUGUCUAUCAGAAAAAAGCCAGAAAGAAGAAAUGUUGUUUAUUAGUGAUAUUAUUAGUAGUGGCCAUUGUUAUUACUAUUAUUAUUGUUGUUAGUGUUAAAAGUUAAUCUAAUUGUAUUUAUUUGUAUAUUGUUCUACAUCAAAAUCUACAAUGAAGUUUACAUCAGUAUGAAAUUGGACUGUAUUUUUAUUCCGAUACAAUGUAUAGACUGAGACCAAUAUUUGUGAAGCAAAAUUGAAAAAAAGUUUGAAAUUUAGCUUCAUUUUCUAUCCUAUACAAUUUAUAUUUUAAUUAAAGGGAUUGUAAAGAGAUUUUCAAAACUUGCUAUGUGUAUUAGGGACACUGAUAACAUCAAUUUGCACCAUUCCAAUUUUCAGUCAGACUCCUGUGGUUGUUAAUUUUUGCUUAAACUAUGUGUUCUAUGAAGUCAGUAUCAAUAAUAGCUUUUGCGAUAGUGACGUUAUAAAAAAUUGAAAUGUAUGCCAGACUGUGAAUUUGAUUGGUGCAAAUCAAUACUAUCAGUGUCCCCAUCAAGUAUAAAAAGUUUUGAAAAACUCUUAACAAUCCCUUUAAAUGUUAACUGAAUAUUAAAAUCAGGCUGAAAGUAUGGAACAUUGUCAUCUGUAACUAAAAUAUAAUGACAAGGUUGAAGCAAAUAUCACUCUGUAUACUGCAUGUUAUUUAUCAUUAUUUUCUAUAAGAUUUCAUUUUGAUUUUACUGGUGUAAUGAUUAUCAAAACUUUGUUUGUUUGUUUAAUAUCCUAAGUUCUAAUUGCUCAUGUUGAUACUAUAUAACUUAUACUAAAUAUUUUUUUUGGAACAGAUAUUUAGGCACAUCUGGGUUUAAAAGUUUAAAACAUUUUGAAGUUAUAUAAGAAUAUAAUAAAUGAAUUUAAUUUCAAUUCUUAACAACUCUAAAAAGUUAUUAACCCUGUUUGUAUAAAAACAAACCCAGAUAUGCCUUUUUAUCUGUGUUCAACGUUUUAAAAUAUCAUAAUAUGUUAACAGUUUUUCCUUAUUGUAUAAUUUUCUACCAAUUUCACAAAAAACUUAACCAAAACAAUAUCAAGAUUUUAAGAAAUAAAGUAGGCCUAAUCUGAUUGGAUGCUAAAGAUCACAUUUAAUGAUUGACCAAUCAGGUAACAAGUUUGACAGGAAGAGUUAAAAUAUCUGUUAGUAGUUUUUGUGAAAGAUGGCCUCUAGGCAUCAAUUGGUAAGGUUUUAUUCUUUAAGUAGAAAGCAUUUGUUCUAAGUGCACAUGGCACUGUGGCAGCCAUUAUUUCAAUAAAUUAUAUCCAAUAAGGAGUGCCAUUGAUAUAAGGGAAACAACCCAUAAUUUAUAGCGGAGCCAUGUAUGAAUAAACCGCAUCAAGCAGACUUACGAAAGGGUAACUGACUGAUCUCCGCCAAUUACAUUGCAGCUGAGCAAGUUGAACAGACUCUCUCUGAUUUUUUCAUGUAGAUACAUCAACUGUAUUUUAGUAGCAUAUUUUUCAUUGUUAGAAAUAUGUAUAUAAUUGUUAAUAGAUAAUUUAGAAUAGCAGAGAUAUUUGUGAACCUCUAGGCAAGAUUCAAAACAUAAACACGAGCAGUCUACUUUAUCUUUAGGUAGUAUGAGUUGUAAUGAGCAAUGUAUAUCUGAAAUAUUUUGUUCCAGUAACUAUUUAUUUUACCUGAAACAAAAUAGAGUGUUCCUCUUCAUGUCUGUAAUCAUACCUGGAUGUACACAAAUGUCUACGAUAAACACCACCAAGUUAUAUGUUUGCUGUAUACACAUGCUUAGCAUUUGAGUUUAGUCUAGUGCUAGAGUUUGUGAAUGUCUUUAGGGUGAUUUAACAUCUAAUGUACUAC